UCUAGCCCUCUGGUGCAUAGCGGUCACUACAGUGGACAGCUGUUUAGAAGUCAUUGUCUCCUAAAUGCAGUAGCUUCUACGGUGGUAUUGCAUAUCAGUCCUUAGAAUGCUCUCUACUGCUCCCCUCCACUGAGGUUAAUUCAGUGGCAAGUUGUUGUAACUACAAGUUAAUGUCAUCGGAGUCCAAGAUGGCCGGCAGACAGACACAGUCAAUGACCACUCCUGGAAUAUCCUCUCAAUCCUUCUAUUCUCGGAGAAUCCUAGAGGUAAAAAAAAUAUGCUGACAUGCAGGAGCAUCUAGGUAACAAUAUUAUUAACUUAGUUUGGAAAAUUUUAUUUCACGUAAGUAGGAAAUUGCGAUUAACCAUGUGUCCACCACAGUGGACAUCAUGCAUUGCUGACUAUAUUUUUAACAUGAGUCAUGUAGUUGAUUUACCUUUCAUUAUAACUGUUUUGCUUGCAAUUAAAUUCAUUUUGAGUAUAUCUAUGUUAGUUUUAAAAAUAUAAUUUUUUAUGCAGAUCAUUUGUAGUUUGUAUUAGUAAAAUUAUAAUUUUCUCAUACUUUUAGACCACAAGUGCAGCAAAGAAUAAGGAACACUAUAGAAUAGUCGAGGAAAUUCCCUCUGACUCCUCUGAUGAUGAGUAUAGUGACAGCAGUGAUGAGGAAUGGCUGCCAGAGAACACUAGAAAUAUUGGAGAUACGGAUGAUGAAGGAGAUGCAGACAGUCAGGAUGCUGAAAGUCAAGAUGAUGAGGGCCAGGAUGAUGAAGGACAGGAUGCAGAUGGAGGUCAGCACGAUGAGGGAGCUGAGGAAAAUGUCCACAUGGUACCUGCUCAGAGAAAUGUUCACAAGGGCCAUACCUGCACUCAACCCCGCAAAUAUGUCUGGAAAGUCCAAGACAAUAACUUUGAUGGAGACUUUCCACCUUUUCUAGGAGAAAGGAGAGUAAAUGUUGAUGGAAGAGAACCAAUUGAUUUCUUUAGGUAUUUGUUUCCCUUAGAUCUCAUUGAUGUGAUAGUGCAUAACACCAACAUGUAUGCGCUGCAGAAAGGGAAAGAAAAUCUGGCAGUGACAAGUGAAGAAAUGCAAAUUUUUCUAGGGAUCAACAUGGUCAUGGGGUACAUUCGGUAUCCUAGGACACGGAUGUACUGGUCCAGUGAGGAAGGCCUUCGUCUUGGAAUAAUUGCAGAUGCUAUGUCUGUAAACAGAUAUGAGCAAAUUCUGCGUCAUCUGCACUUUGUGGAUAACUAUACCCACCAGCCAGCAAACACAGACAGGCUCUUUAAAUUAGCACCAGUGCUAAAUACACUUCAGAAAACAUUCCUGAUGGCAGCAAACCCUGAAGAAUUCCAAUCAAUUGAUGAGCAAAUCAUUCCCUUCAAAGGCCAACUGUCAAUCAAGCAAUACAUACCCAAAAAGCCCAAACCCUGGGGUGUGAAAGUGUGGGUCAGGGCAGGGUCCUCAGGUUAUAUGUACAAAUUUGAAAUAUACCAGGGCUCAGCAAUUAGGGGUCAGAGCAGUAGUUUGGGAAUGGCUGGAGAUGUUGUGAUGCGCCUUUGUGAUGACAUAAAGCACAAAAACCACAAGGUGUUUUUUGACAACUUCUUCUGCAGCAUUCCACUCCUUGAGGCCUUGAAAGACCUUGGCAUCUAUGGCACAGGUACAUGCAGAACAAACAGAUUGAAAGGAGCAAGUCAGAAACUUAAGAGUGAAAAACAACUGAAAAAAGAAGGCAGAGGAGCCUGCUCUGUUGUCAGCACAAACAGUAACAUCACUGUCACACGUUGGCUUGACAGCUCAGUCAUCCACAUGGCAUCGACCUGUGCAGGUCAGUCCCCUGAAGACACAGCCCAAAGAUGGCUGAAGAAAGAACAAGCCAAGAUCAGUGUCCAAAGACCCUACUCGGUGGCCCUUUAUAACCAACACAUGGGUGGGGUGGAUCUCGUUGACCAGUGUGUGGCAAUGUAUCCCCACAGACGUAGAAACAAGCGGUGGUACAUCAGAGUGUUCUUUCAUUUUUUGGAUGUGACGGUUGUAAAUGCCUGGCGACUCUACCUGAUGUCUGGGUUGGAAAAGAUGAAUCUCCUUAUCUUCAAAGCUUCUGUGGCCCGUGCAUUGAUCAAUUCUGGCUCUGGUCAGCAAAAAAGAAAAGGAAGACCCAGUGGAGCCCCACCUCCAGCAAAGUGCAGAGCAGUGACCAAAGUACCCAGUGAAGUCAGGUUCAGCGCAGGAAAUCACUGGCCCGAGCUCACUCAAGUCAAAAAUGCAAACAGAUGCCACAAUGCUGCAUGCACAAGGAAGACCAAAUACAUCUGCAUGCAGUGCCAUGUGGCACUGUGCCCUGGAUGCUUUGCCAAUUUUCAUGUAGCCUAGGAGUUAGGAAAAUGAGUUAGGAGAGAAGUUAGAAGAGGAGUUGUUUGAUGAAGAUUGUUCUCUUGGUUUGGAUUAACAGAAGGGCUAUAGAAGGUUAGAGUGUAUGAAAGCAUGUUCAAGUGCUUUUCAAAGCCCACAAUGGAAUAUGAGGUCAUGGAUUUAUGAUCAAACUCAGAUGAAAUUAUUCUUCAGUUAAGUUCAUACUGUUCUAUGUUGAGUGCUGAAUCGCAUGUAGUCCACUGUAGUGGACAUUUCUGUAACUUCCUGGAAAAAUAACAUUUUUG